AAAUUUGAAUACAAUACAAUACAAUACAAUCUUACAGAGGUGUACAACAUUCUGAUCAGAGAAGGGGAACUGAGAACCAGAAGACAUAGAUUUAAGUUCAUUAUUUCAUCGGCUCAUAAGUUCAUAAGCGACAGGAGAAGAGUUAGGCCAUUCGGCCCAUCAAGUCUACUCCGCCAUUCAAUCAUGGCUGAUUUAUCUCUCUCUCUCCUAACCCCAUUCUCCUGCCUUCUCCCCAUUAACCUCUGACACCCGUACUAAUCAAGGAUCUAAGGUGAAGGGGGAAAUAUUUAACAGGAAUCUAAGGGGUACUUUUUUCACACAAAGGGUGGUAGGUGCAUGGAACAAGCUGCCGGAGGAGGUAGCGAGGCAGGGACUAUCGCAAUGUUUAAGAAACAUUUGCACAGGUGCAUGGAUUGGACAGGUUUGGAGGGAUAUGGGCCAAACGCAGGCAGGUGGGACUAGUGCAGAUGGGACAUGUUGGCCGGUGUGGGCAAGUUGGUCUGAAGGGGUCUGUUUCCUCGAUGUGUGACGCUAUGAAAACUAUCUCGGAUCUGAGGGGUUAACAGCUCAGCGGCUGGAACACUGGAUGCUUGCAAAAUAUGGGGAAGUUAAGGCAAAAACGUCAUUUUCGUUCUGAAUCACUAUAAAUUUGCAACCGGCUUAUGGUCUUUAUUCGUUUGGGCGCGGCUUACCAAACAGCGAGGACAUUUUGUAGAGUGCCAAGUGGACAAGAGUGUCUUUGGAUUUACUUGUCUGAACUUUCAUUUCACAGAGGAAGGAGUUGUUUGUUAAUAAAUCUCCUGGGACCAAGAAUGACAUUUGCAAUGAGAUCUAAAUUUUAAUGUUGCUCCUUCAGGAAAGAGUGGAACUCAAAUUCAAAUUACACAUCAACUUAAACCAAUAGCGCCCGCCAUGUUGGCCGAGGGAUGCCUCACGAGGAUCGGCUACGGUUACGAUUGGGGUGAGCGCGCGGGGCCCGAUGGCCGUGCAAACUCCGGCAGGUCUCCAGCGAGCAGCAGCAGCAGCAGCGGCUCCUGGGAAGAGCUCACCUACUUUCCCGACUGUGCGGAAGACGAGGAGCUGGGCCGUGGCGCCGCCGAAGACAAGGCGCAAGGCCGGCCUGGGAACACGGGCAGCGCCAGGGGUCAGAUGGGCGAGCCGGCGGCGGCUCACCACCGGGGGGAAGCAGUUGACGUCAGAGGCAGGGUGACCUCCUUUAAUAGGAAGACAUCCGAGGUGUUGGAGAUACCAAGGAUCUCCGCAUGGGCGGAGACGGAGGUGGACCUCUACCAGUCGUGGUCGACCACGUGCCAGAGUUACACGGACAUCCAGAUGGCCGGUGACAGCCAGACCCCCAGCACUGCCACCAGCCUGACGACUUCUCUGGACCUUGAAGGUGAGAGCAGCAACUGGCCCUUUCUGCAGGCCAACAAGACCUGCAUCUGCCCAGCAGGCUCCGCCUGUAGCUGCGAAGGCCUCCGAUGCCCUCGCUCAGAUACAGAUACCUUCCACCAGGGGGACCGAAGCAUCGUCCUUCAGACGGAACCAUUAUCCAACUCGGUACUCAACAAUUACAUGGAGCAAAAGAUCACGGAACUGUACAAGCAGUACCUAGAGGAUAACAUGACUAAAUAUGCCUCACCCACCAGCACAGUCAGCUCCCAUUUCCUGAUGACCAACAUUGAUCAGAUUAGUCAGCAGAUUUCAAUGGAGAAUAACAUGGAGCCCACAAUAGCCAAGGACAUAGUUCUCAAUUGCCUCCGUAGCAUAGCCUGCGCAACAUGGUCCUCUGAUAUCACUACUCCCAUCCUGCAGAUAUCAAAUCAACCAGCACCAAGAUUUUAGUUCAGUUAAGGGCCUGUUCUACGUGGCCAUUUUUUUUCAGCGACUGCUGGUGCCGCAUCAGGGUGGCCAAAAGAAUUUGGUACGUUUCGAAAAUCCAGCGGCGGCAAAAAAAAUUGUCGCCACACUUGGAAAAACACCGCACGCCAAUACGUCAUCACGCCGCGGAUUUUUUGGAUACUUUCAAGAGAGAGCUAGAUAGGGCUCUUAAAAAUAACGGAGUCAGGGGAUAUGGGGAGAAGGCAGGAGUUGGCUGACGUUGGGCAAAGGGACAUGUUCAAGAUGG